AGAACUCAAGCGGUUGGAUUCAUUGACAAGGUCACCAAUUUACGCACAUUUUCAGGAGACCCUAGGCGGUGUUACGACCAUUCGAGCAUAUCAACAAUCUGACCGAUUCAUGGAAGAAAACGAGGCAAAAUUGGAUGAAAAUCAGAAAGCCUAUUAUCCUUCGGUUUCGUGUAAUAGAUGGCUGGCAGUGAGGCUGGAAUUUUUGGGAUCGUUGAUUAUAUUUAGCGCAUCGCUAUUAUCCGUAGUCACGGUUCACAAUGUUGAUGCUGGUCUUGUUGGUUUAUCGCUUUCAUAUGCACUGUCCGUUACCCAGGCUUUAAAUUGGGCUGUUCGACAAUUUUGCGAGAUUGAGACUAACAUCAUAUCCGUGGAGCGAGUCAAAGAGUAUAUUGACUUACCAAGCGAAGCUCCGUUAGUUAUUGCCGACAAUCGACCGUCGCCGACAUGGCCACCAAAUGGAAUGAUUGAAUAUCAAGAUUAUUCGACCCGAUAUCGACCUGAUCUUGAGUUGGUUUUAAAGAAUGUAUCGUUUGUCGUGCAAUCCAAAGAGAAAAUUGGUAUUGUGGGAAGAACGGGAGCUGGAAAGUCGAGCUUGACUUUAAGCUUGUUUAGACUAAUUGAAGCAGCUAGAGGUAAUAUAAUUGUGGAUGGCGUUGACAUAUCAAAAAUCGGACUAUAUGAUUUGCGCUCCCGCCUUACAGUCAUCCCUCAGGAUCCGGUUCUAUUCGAAGGAACUGUUUCCUUCAAUCUUGAUCCAUUCCAAGCCCAUGACGACGUGGAAAUUUGGCAGGUUCUUCAGUGUGCGCAUUUGAAGAAUCACAUUUCCAAGUUGGAGGGCAAAUUGCAAGCAAAAGUAUCAGAGGGAGGGGAGAAUUUCAGUCAAGGACAAAGGCAACUAUUAUGUUUGGCCAGGGCUUUAUUACGGAGAUCGCCAGUUAUAGUUUUGGAUGAAGCCACCGCAAGUGUUGACGUUGAAACCGACGGUAAAAUACAAGAAACCAUUCGUUCGGAAUUCAACUGGGCGACACUAUUAUGUAUUGCACAUCGCUUAAGGACUAUAAUUGAUUACGAUAGGGUGCUAGUACUAGAUCAAGGAAAGAUAGUCGAGUUCGACACACCCUACAGCCUUCUACAGAAUCCCGACAGUGUUUUCCGUAGUCUUUGUAAGGAAAGCAAUGAGUUUGAUUAUCUGAUGGAUGUAGCAUUAAAGAAGUUUCAGGGACGAUCAGGCAACAUUAAACAUACAUAG